AUGGGACUCCUGUUUGUGGCCUCCUCUCUUCCAGAGUCUUCCAGUGCAGUCCAGAUAACAUCUCUGAGAGUCUCUUGAGGCCACUGAAGCAAGAGGCUUCAAGGUUUGUUCUAGGCUUCUCCAGUUGGCAGGUCUUCCCCAUCCUACCCCCUCCCUCAGGGCUGCCAGGCAUAUCCCUGCCUGGGCCUCCUGGCACAAGAGAUAAAAUGAACAGGGCUACUCCCAGCAACUGGUCCAGGAGAUACCAGCAGGGAGGGAGCAAGAGAGAAGAAACAUGUCAAGGUGCUCACAGGAGUAGUUGGGGGGAAGUUUUGCUCUUUCCAGAUUCUUAAGCCAACAAAAGUGCCUUCAUCAUUUUCUGUCUGAAAGACAGAAAGCCCAGAAGGAGCCCAGAAGCAACAGUUCAAGACAGGUGCUUCCUGCAACCAAGUGGAUAAGAGGAGCGACCUGCAGCCAUGGGACAGGGUGAGCCAAGCCAGCGCUCCACAGGUCUUGCUGGACUGUAUGCAGCCCCUGCAGCAUCACCUGUUUUCAUUAAAGGAAGUGGGAUGGAUGCCCUGGGUAUCAAGAGCUGCGACUUUCAGGCAGCAAGAAACAAUGAGGAGCACCACACCAAGGCCUUCAGCUCCCGGCGCCUCUUUGUGAGGAGGGGGCAGCCCUUCACCAUCAUCCUGCACUUCCGCGCUCCAGUCCGCGCAUUUCUGCCUGCCCUGAAGAAGGUGGCCCUCAUUGCACAAACUGGAGAGCAGCCUUCCAAGGUCAACAGGACCGAAGCCACAUUCCCAGUGUCCAGUGUGGGGGACCGAAAGUCGUGGAGUGCAGCGGUGGAGGAGAGGGAUGCCCCGUCCUGGACCAUCUCUGUGACCACACCUGCGGAUGCUGUCAUUGGCCGCUACUCGCUUCUACUGCAGGUCUCAGGCAGGAAGCCACGCCUCUUGGGCCGGUUCACAUUGCUCUUUAACCCCUGGAGUAGAGAGGAUGCUGUGUUCCUGAAGAAUGAGGCUCAGCGCACAGAGUACUUGUUGAACCAGAAUGGUCUCAUCUACCUGGGCACAGCUGACUGCAUCCAGGCAGAGUCCUGGGACUUUGGCCAGUUCGAGGGGGAUGUCAUCGACCUCAGCCUGCGCUUGCUGAGCAAGGACAAGCAGGUAGAGAAGUGGAGCCAGCCAGUGCACGUGGCCCGUGUGUUGGGUGCCUUGCUGCAUUAUCUCAAGGAGAAGAGGGUCCUGCCCACCCCGCAGACCCAGACCACCCAGGAAGGGGCCUUGCUGAACAAGCGCCGGGGCAGCGUGCCCAUCCUGCGGCAGUGGCUCACCGGCCAAGGCCGACCUGUGUAUGAUGGCCAGGCCUGGGUGUUGGCCGCUGUUGCUUGCACAGUGCUGCGAUGCCUGGGAAUCCCUGCCCGUGUGGUGACCACGUUUGCCUCAGCACAGGGCACCUGUGGGCGUCUGCUCGUAGAUGAGUACUAUAAUGAGGAGGGACUUCAGAACGGAGAAGGCCAGAGAGGCAGAAUCUGGAUCUUCCAGACGGCCACAGAGUGCUGGAUGACGCGGCCCGCCUUGCCCCCGGGCUAUGAUGGAUGGCAGAUUCUGCACUCAAGUGCUCCUAAUGGAGGUGGAGUCCUGAGGUUCUGUGAUCUGGUGCCGGUCAGAGCAGUCAAGGAGGGGACGCUGAGGCUGACCCCAGCAGUGUCAGAGCUUUUUGCUGCCAUAAAUGCCUCAUGUGUGGUGUGGAAGUGCUGUGAGGAUGGGAAACUGGAGUUGACUGACUCCAACACAAAGUACGUUGGCAACAACAUCAGCACCAAGGGUGUGGGCAGUGACCGCUGUGAGGACAUCACUCAGAACUACAAGUAUCCUGAAGGGUCUCUUCAGGAAAAAGAGGUGCUGGAGAGAGUUGAGAAAGAGAAAAUGAAACAUGGGAAAGACAACGGCAUCCGUCCUCCCCGUGUCGAGACUGCCAAUCCUCUGUACCUGCUCUUGAAAGCACCUAGCUCCUUACCCCUGAGAGGGGGUACCCAGAUCUCGGUGACGCUGGUUAACCACAGCGAGCAGGAGACGGCAGUGCUGCUGGCAAUUGGGGUCCAGGCUGUGCACUACAACGGUGUCCUUGCUGCCGAGCUCUGGAGGAAGAAGCUGCCCCUCAUGCUCAGUGCCAACCUGGAAAAGACAAUAACCAUUGGCCUGUUCUUCUCCAAUUUUGAGCGAAACCCACCCGAGAACACCUUCCUUAGACUCACCGCCAUGGCAACACACUCUGAGUCCAGCCUUAGCUGCUUUGCUCAGGAAGACAUUGCCAUUUGUAGACCACAUCUUGCCAUCAAGAUGCCAGAGAAAGCAGAGCAGUAUCAACCCCUCACAGCCUCAGUCAGCAUCCAGAACUCCCUAGAUGCCCCCAUGGAGGAUUGUGUGAUCUCCAUCCUGGGAAGGGGGCUCAUUCACAGAGAGCGGAGCUACAGAUUUGGUUCAGUGCGGCCCGAAAACACCAUGUGUACCAAGUUCCAGUUCACGCCAACACAUGUGGGGCUCCAGAGGCUCACUGUGGAAAUGGACUGCAACAUGUUCCAGAACCUAACCAACUAUAAAAAUGUCACCGUGGUAGCCCCUGAACUUUCAGCUUAAACUUCCAGCUCUAUCACCACUCUCCUGCCAACCCUUGCUCUACAAUCUAAACCAAACAUGUGCUAGGAAGAGAAA